AUGGCAAGCAGUAUUCCCGCAGGUCUACGAACGGCCGAUAUUGGGCGCUUUGCCGUGCGCGCCGCGCAGAUCGAGAAGGCCAAACCGGUGGUUGCCUACUGGUGCAAUUUCCAUAUUGUGAAUCAGAUUAUCGAGAGAGGCCUUCACACCUCGGACGACGAGAUCAAGCUCUACACGACUAACCUGGUGGAAAAGCUAGAGCAGGUCAAAAUCGAGAACCCGGACAAUGAGACGAUCAUGGAUAAUGUUGCGGCGAGCGCAUACGUUGAACAAUUUGGAUUGGAGGUCUUCGGUCGCGCCGAGGCGGCUAUGACGGCCAACAAGGUCACCAAGCAAACAGCAGACACCUUCCAAGCGGCGGCUACAUUUCUUGAGCUAUGUCAAAUCUGGGGAGACCUUGAACCCGAGAUUGCUGGAAGAAUCAAGUUUGCCAAAUACCAUGCUGUUCGAAUUGUGAAGGCAAUCAAAGCCGGGGAAGACCCCAAUGAGACAAACCCGGUGCCAAAGGAGGACGAGGAGCUUGCUGUCGCCGAUCCCGAUGUACAGGCAUUCGACGAAUCCGUGGCGGAACAAGCGUCCAAGCCAAGACAGGCGUCCGUCGAAGAAAUUCCAGACGAAGCUGACCGCCUGGGUCGACAAAUGGCCCAUCAGUCAUCUCUCGACGAGUCUCUCCACCCGUCUCGCGCAUCAUCACUCCCAAGACCGCCUGCCUCCUCAACUCCGGAUAUUCCUUCUGUUCCGCAGAACGCCCCUGGCUCUCCAGGCCGAAUGGACAUUGAUGAGCACUCAAACGGCCUGGAGCUGCCCUCAGCACCAAACACCUUUGGAGACUCCGGUGGAGUCCUCAAUCUACCAGAUACACCUGGCUCCCACGCACCCCACACUUCAAACUCUUCCAAUACCUUCCAAUCCUUCCCACCGCCGGCUAGUCCGUCGGUGCCCGCGCCGGACCCUGCUUCAUUUUACGAUCCAACUAGUGCUAGUGCCCACAUCCCGCCCCCUUCGGCGCCUGCUCGGGCUCCCGUUGCCCCACCGCCUGCUGCACCGAAUCAGCUCACGCAUGGGGUGGAUGAUAAUUCUAUUACUCUAGCUCAGAAGCAUGCUCGGUGGGCGGUGUCAGCAAUGACCUUUGAUGAUGUUGAUACGGCUAUCAAGGAGCUGCGGAACUCUCUGAGAUACCUCGGUGCGGAGUAA